UUCCUCAAAAGCCAAUUCUAAGUAAAUUCUGAACUAGUCUCUCUCUCUCUCUCUCUCUCUCUCUCUCUCUCUCUCUCUUUUGUUUCAUUAGAUCCUCCUUAAUUCUGAACCACUCUCUCUCUCGUUUGCUUUGCUGAAUCCUCCUUAAUUCUGAACCAGUCUCUCCCUCUUUCUCUCUAUUCACAAUUAAUCUCUCUGCAACUACUACUUCCUGGAUCUGAAAACUAGAGGUUGGUUAUGGAUAUUGGCCUCUUCUUCUUCGUAUUCUUCUUCAUCCGCUGCUGCUCUUGCUGAUGCUGAUGAUGCAAUAAAGUAAUUGUUUUGGAUAUUAUUUUGAAGCCGGAGAAAGCAAAUAAGCCCUCGUCAAAUUGGUAACUUGUCAGAGGUUCUGAAAAAGCUUCAGUACAAAAGAUUGAAAGAGAGAGCAAAUGGAAAAAGAAAACAAGGCAGAGAACAGGAGAAAGAGGAAUCGAUCAGGUGACGAUGAUGAUACUGAUUGUGAGGGGAGCAAAGCAAGGAGAAAAGAGGUUAUGGACAUUGCUUCUUCUUCAUCAUCCGCUGCUGAUAACCCCCCACGUCGAGAAAAGUAUGAUGUGUUUAUCAGUUUCAGAGGUGAGGACACCCGCCUUGGUAUUACCAGCCAUCUUCAUGCUGCCUUACUUCAGAAGAAAUUUGAAACCUACAUCGAUAAUAGACUUCAGAGAUGAGAAGAAAUCGGAUAUGCCCUUCUAGAAGCAAUUGAGAA